UGCUUGGAGACCUGCUAUACCUCCACUGUCCUGCCCAGCAUGCUGGCCAGUCUCCUGACUGGGACAGAACCAUUUCUGUUGGUGGCUGUAUCACACAAUGUUACUUUGUUGGUUUCCUUGCAGCUACUGAGUGUUAUCUCCUAGCAGCAAUGUCUUAUGAUUGGUAUCUAGCGAUAUGCAAACCACUGCAUUAUACAACCCUUAUGAAUGGCAGGCUCUGCCUCCAGCUAGCAACUGGGUCUUGGGUGAGUGGGUUACUGGCUAGUUCCAUAGUAAUGGGUAUGGUGUUACAGUUAACUUUGUGUGGCCCCAAUGAAAUUGACCAUUUCUUCUGUGAAUUUAAACAAAUAAUAAAUCUCUACCACAAUGACAUCUACCAGGUGGAGUUUUUAAUUACCAUUGUGGGUACUUUAUUUACCCUGCCGCCAUUUGCUUUAACUGUUUAAAGUUAAAGACAUCCUGUUUGUAUCAUCUCCACCAUCCUGCGAAUCUCGUCCACCACUGGGAGGCAAAAGACCUUUUCCACCUGCUCCUCUCAUCUCAUUGUAGUGACGAUUUUCUAUGGGACCUUGAGCAUUGUAUAUCUGCUACCAAAAACCAAGACACUCAGAGACGUCAGCAAAGUGUUUUCUCUCUUCUACACAGUUCUGACCCAUAUGGCCAAUCCCUUCAUAUACAGCCUGAGAAACAAAGAGACCAUCAGGAAAACUGCCAUUUAUUGUGAGACAAAUAACAUCCCAUUUCCCAAGAUAGAUCCAGAACAGAUUAAAGACACAGAUAACCCCUUCGAUUGCUACAUCUUCAAAGGAAAAGAUGUUCCUACCAUCAUGCACUUCCCGCUCUUCAACAUCAUAAAUUGUCCAGAUGAAAUACAGCACUUCAGAGACAGGUUUACCAUCUUUACUUCAUCCUACCCAGAAGACGAUGUCAAAGAACUCCUCAAAGGAGCAAAGAUGAAUUUGUCCAACAACAAGGAGAAGAUUUUGAAUGAGAUCCAGCAGAUUGUGUCUUCCUCCACCAAGGAGUUUUAA